AUGGCUUCCAUUUUGUUAUUUUAAUGUAUAUUAUCUUACAUUGUGGACUUCGGGAGUGACUACGCUAUUUCCCACCACGAAGAGGGACCGCAGUGGCCAAGCGUCUGACAUUCGGCUACCACUAGCCCUCCACCAAUGGGUCGCGGGUUCGAGGCAUACAUGGGGCAGUAGCCAGGCAUACGUACUGGCCGCAGAAUGACGACAUUUCUUAAGGUGCUGAAAGGGACAUUAUUCCUAGUAUCACUUAUCGCUACAGGCAUGUGUGUCUGGAAUGUGUAUCGUCUAAAUAUGAGCAGAAAUCGUUACCUCUAUCUAGAACACUGGAAAUCAAAAGAAAAUAUGACCAACGCUAAAUAUAUAAGAGCGGAUACAGGAAUACAAACUGAAAGCAAACCUGGCAUCUUACGUCAAGUCGAUUCGUUGAAAACAUUGCUGCGGACAAAUAUAUCAGCACAACCUACCAAAGCUCCAUGGUCAAACUUCUCGUUUCCUCUAGAUGUCGAUAUGAUUCAGCUAGUGCAAAAGCUGAGGUCAAAUAUACCUGUGGAGCACAAACCUGUAUUCGUAUACGGAUACACCUUUACUCAUUACAAAGUAGAUAGAUGCGUUGAUGGAUCGCCAUUUUUUAUAUUUCUCAUCAAAUCCGCUGUUACAAAUGUGGAAAGCCGGGCGGCGAUCAGAAAGACGUGGGCAAACUCGGCUUUGAUAGAAAAGUAUAACAGCGUGAGAAUGUUUCUGGUCGGGACCCCAGAUAAGCGAACGGUACUGUCGGCUGUAGAGGAGGAAAACAACAUCCAUAAAGAUAUCCUCAUAAUGUCAUUUCGUGAAAAUUACUAUAACAACACAUUAAAGACAAUAGGAGCGAUUCAUUGGACCGUACAGCACUGUAACCGCUCCAAGUUUGUAAUUUUUGUCGAUGAUGACAUGCUGGUAUCUACAACACGGUUGGUUGAGUUUUUGGAAACCAAUGUGACUUUGCCAACUUUUUUCGGGGGUCAUGUAGCAAAAGAUAAUAUUCCCUUCAGAAAUGAAACGUCCAAGUGGUAUGUGUCCCUGAAGGACUACCCCUAUAGUGUGUAUCCCCCAAUGGCGUCUGCUGGAUUCAUGGUCAUGACGAUAAAUUUCGUCAUUGACAUCCACUUCGCUUCUCAGUACACGAAGGAGUUUAAUUUUGACGACUGCUAUCUUGGGAUGGUAGCGUAUAAACUUCACGUUAAACCUGUCUAUAUUCGUUCGGUGUUUGUUGAACCUAUGAAUAUUACAAGAAACACGCAUUUGAUAGCUGCACAUGGCUUUCCUCCUUCUAAGAUGAUCAGUUCAUGGUCUGAAUUGCAAAAACAGUUUACCCUCACCAAUCGAUAGUAACUUGUUUCAUAUCAAAUAACAUAAAGACUAGACUUGCUGUUUACCCGAUGAAGUUUAGUUUGCCAAUCAAGACAAUAAUGCUACGUGAAAAGAUUACUAAGCGGAUAUUUAUUUAUACAUAAUAAAGAUUAAACAUAAACAUUCACGGAGGAUCCCGAAAAUCAGUUAAAAUACAAUUAAAGGGCAGGUAUGUAGGAGUAUAUUUCGGCCUUAGACCUCAAAAUUAUUCCGGGCUGGGUGGUAUUUUCCCAUUGUAGGCAUGUUUGGGUAGAAUUAUCUCGGUGUUAAUUUGGGAUGGUUAUUUUCCCGUUGUAGGCAUGUUGAAAUAUAUUAUCGGGGUGGGUUUAAACUUAUUCCCCGGGGUGGGAUACCGGGUGGACAUUUUUGAGAGGACAUUAUGUUACACGGUAUACUGUUUUUGUAUGGACCGGUCGAGUGAUUUACGGCUGUAGCAUUGUGUAUAUCUAUUCAUCAUGUUUAAUUUACUUCACUGUUUCGUUUGGUACAUAAUAAAUUGUAGAACUUUA